AUGCGGGUGCGACAGCGACAGCGGCAGCCCAGCCCCGGCAGUGUGGUCCCGGAGCCCGAGCUCAGGGCCAGCCCCGAGAGGGCGAGGAGGGGACGCGGGGCGGCCGGGCCGGACCGUGCCCCGAGCGGAGCGCACAGUCCGCCUUACCUGGGACGAGCGAGGAGCCGCUGCGCCGCCUCCCCAGCAUCCUGGGCUCCCCCGCGUCUCCCACCGCGCCGGGCGGGGACCGUCCCGCUCGCCCUCCCCGCCGGGCGCCACGCGCCGCCGGCCCCGCGGAGCAGAGCGGACGCGACCGAGCCCGCGGCCGCUCAGCAGCGACUCCCGCUGCCGCCGCCGCCGCCGCCGCCGCGGGAGCGCCCGCCCCGCUGCGGGGCCGCCGGGGAUCACAGGCGCGCGCUGAUUGGCCUUCGCGCGCCAGGCCCGGCUGAUGUGUCGGGCUCUCUGAUUCGUGCCACCCCGACGGAGGCGGGGCUCGGCGCUGCUCCAGCUGCAGGAGGAGCAGAGAGGCUGGAGUGGACCCGACGUCCUGGCCGCGAGAGAUGCCCCAGGGCGGGGGAGUUCGCUCGCUGCCCUCGGGGUCUGCCCGGAGGGCACCUGAAGGCGCGGGUGCUGCCGGAGCGAAGGCGAGGCGAGCCUAGCUGGAGCACUGGCCGGCGCAGUAACUGUCUCCCCGACCCCACGGGGGUGGCCUGCAACCACAAGGCGUCCCAAGGAAUGCCCACCCUCUGGCCCUCCGGCCCAGCAGCUUUCGGCUCACGGGAGACCAGCAAGUGCAAACACAGAUUCGCAGGAUGUUGCAUACCGCACAGGAGUGGAAAUGGCCUGUUUAAAUUUCAGGGGAGACAGUGGAAUUUCACAACUUAA